AUGACAUCUACUACACGUGCCACUCGUUCAAUGCGGCGAUCCAAGGCCUCAACUCCUAAUCAACUGUAUCAACACCAAGAGAACAUAAUACCUACUCUGCAGCCCGAUGUCAGUCAGCCAUUGCCAGAAGUACAGAUCGAUUCUUUGAGGAAAAGACAUCGCAUGUCACCCACACAGCUGAUGCAUCUGGAAUCGCUCUAUCAAAAAGACACGCAUCCGUCAAGGCACAGGAAGAACCAACUUGCAGAGGAGCUUGGCGUAGAUUUAAAAACCGUCACGAUCUGGUUUCAAAACAAGCGCCAAUUCGCAAAACGUAGCCAACCGAGCGCGCCUGGUUGCUCACCGCUUCAGAUACGGAAUGCCGUUUCUCAAACCCAGGAUCACCAGCCUGUGAUUCUGCCAUCUGUUUGUUCUGAGAAAUCACGCACAACACCAUUCCCGCAAGAACAAGAGAGCGACGUUAAUGGUCUACCGAAGAUAUUACCGCAGGCUUUGCACGAGAAAGACCAAGCACGACCAACAGUGGCAAGUAAAACCAGCACCCAGGAACUGUGGCAACACCUCCCUUCAUCACCAACAGCUCCAAGUUUGGAUCCCGACAGAGGAAGUGAAGUUCUUAGCGCUACCCGCGAUGAACAGGAUGCACGACAUAGCAAGAGAGGCCUGACACUCGAGUGGGCUUGCGAUAGACAGAUGAAACGCAGACGGGCCGGAAGGGAUAACGGUCACGCCGCCGAUGGCUCGAGCAGGCUCUGGGCGCCGUUUGGGUCAUCAAAACUACGCAGCAGUUCAGCGCUUUCGUUACUCUCAUUGGCCACGGGAAAGGUCAGCACGUCUUUGUCCACCAGUUCCGCCCCUUCGCAGGACGUGAUUCACGGAGCUUCGCUCCUGUUGAGCUUCAAGCAUUCUUUAAGAGGACGCAACACUGGGAAGAAAUAGGUGUAGUACUGGCUUUGGAGAAGGCAACGGCUUCUCUUUACGACACGAGCAUGAAAUGAAACAACAUAACCCUUAGUAUAUCAACAAUAGUAUGAAAAAUUGCUACAUCGGCAACAUGCGAAGUGAGGGUACUAGAGA